AUGUCUGAUUCCACUGACUUGGGUAAAGCAGCAGAAGACUUCGUUGAUCAAUUAAGUGGUAACAUUGUUGUUGAUCCUGAAAUUUCAAAUGAAGGUGCUACCAAUGAGAGCGAGGCUCAACAAGAGGAUGCUACCAUGAACAAAGAUAAUGAUUCAAAUAAGGAAUCUGACAGUGGUUUGUCUCAAAUAUUGAGCGGUAAAAAGUUUUUUAUUAAUCGUGAUACAGAUGCUCAUGAUUCUAGUAAUGAUGUAGAUAAAUUGGAAACCUUAAUUACGGAAAAUGGUGGUGAAAUUUUGGAGAAGAUCCCAUAUGAGACAACUGAAGAUAUGAUUAUUGUUUCCCCUUAUAAUGACACCAAAUUGCCCACUGUUACACCAACUUAUAUCAAGGAAUGUAUUAAGAGUGGUAAUUUAUUAGACAUGAAGAAUUAUUUAGUUCCUUACGAUGAAUUCCGUGCUGUGAUCGAUGAUCAAUUGCAAACUCCCUUCAAUAAUGAAAAUGUCAAUGAUAAGGAUCCACUAGAAACAUCGAAUGGUGGUGAGGAUGUCGCUGAUAAGCCAACUGAACCAUCAUCUGCUAAUACUAACGAGGAUGAUAACAUCGAUGAUGAAUUGAAAUUGUUCCAUGAUGCUGUGGAUAACUCCAAUGCUUUAUCAGAACCAUUAGUUCAAGUUGAAAAUCCAGUAUCAUCACAACAGCAGAUGAAUACAUCUGAACAACAUAUUCCACACAACGAUCCUUCGCACUAUUUGCCCCAAAAUUCAGAUAUCAUUAGGGCUAACCUUCCAUCUAAUAAUAAGGCUUCAUUUACUGAAGAUGAAGAUGAAUUCAUCCUAGAUGUUGUUAGAAAAAAUCCAACAAGAAGAACUACGCAUACACUUUUCGAUGAAAUAUCUCAUUAUGUUCCAAACCAUACGGGUAAUUCUAUUAGACAUAGAUACCGUGUAUACUUAUCAAAGAGACUCGACUAUGUUUACAAAGUUGAUGAUUUCGGAAAAUUAAUUCGUGAUGACGCUGGUAAUUUGAUUAAGACAGAAGUAUUACCUCCUGCUUUAAAAAAGAAAUUUACAGCGGUAGAAGACUACGAUUUGGCUCAAGCUGUGAAGAGACAAUUUUAUCGUGAUUUAUUUCAAGUGGAUCCUGAUACAGGUAAGUCUUUGAUUUCUUCGAAUGAUACACCAGUGGCUAUUGCUAAGAGGAAAGUCACAAUGGAUCAUAACAAUGUUCCAGGUUCUGAACCAUCUUUUGAUAAGUAUCAUACAGGGGCACGCAGAGGUCCAAUUGCAAGGGAAUUCUUUAAGAUAUUUGCUGCUAGACAUCCCACUCACACGGAAAAUGCGUGGAGAGAUAGAUUUAGAAAAUUCUUGUUAGAAUAUGGUAUUGAUCAAUACAUUAAUUACUACGAUGCUGAACUAGAAGCUGGUAGGGUCCCAGAACCAAUUAGAAAUAUGACUAAUAGACCAAAAAGAGAAGGUUUACCAACACCAGGGAAUUACAACUCUGCAAUCAAGAGGGCUAAGGUUAAUACCCCAUCUGGAAGAUCACGUACAUCUCAAACUGUUAACGAUAAUGAAUCUGUUUCUUUGGCUGCUGCCGCAGCUGCCGCAGCUGAUCAAAAUUCAUUGGCAAAUCAUCAAAGAAACUAUCCAAUUCCUGAAUCUGAUUUGUUAGAUGAAGAAACCAUGAAUUUCAUAUCUGAUCUGAAGAAUAAUUUAAAAAACAUGGAUAAUAACCUACCAUUUGAAUAUCCACAAGAAAUCGCUGAUGCGAUUAGACAUGAUUUCUCGAUUGAAGAAGCAGAGUUUGAUAAUAUUGAUCCAGAUACUAUUCCUUUCCCACCAGAUAUUGCUACCAUCGACUUAUUCCUACCUACUUUCUUCCAAAUGGCUAGUACAAGAGAAUUCAUGGACAAAAUUGAAGAUGUUAUCUCCAGGGACUACGAGCCAUCUCAAGCUGAGAAACUGGUUCAAGAUCUAUGUGAUGAAGCAGGUGUUAGAAAAACAUUCAGUACGAGUAUCCUAACUGCGUUAUCAGGUGAUUUAAUGGUUUUUCCACGUUAUUUCUUAAAUAGUUUCAAACAUAACGCAAAUCCACCUAUGAACGUCCCUGGUAUUUGGACUAGAGAAGAUGAUGAAAUGUUGAAAGGUGGUAAAACAGAAGAACUAGCCCUCAUCGAAAAGAAACAUGGUGUUGGAAGAAUUGAAAUGAGAAAGAGGUUCAUUGAAAAGGAUCUGAUUUAA